UUUUUUUUAAUUCCCUCAACGUAUUAAAUAUCUAUGGCAUUCAUUUUGUGAUGUUUUCGGUGUAAGUGGUGUCAAAAAUUUUAUUUCUAAGACUCCUCCAGCUAUUAUUAGAAUCUGGUAAAUCCGCCUCUGGAUUCUUCAGGUCAAUUGCUUUUGCCCCCGGCUGAGAAGACAAAGAUGAGCGUGUUAUGGUUGUGAAGAGGCGAGUGGGGCAAAGAGGGUCGUUGCACGCUUUGUUGUGAAGAACUAACGGUUUCAAAGUCAGUGCUGGAGGCACUAUUAAAAUAAUCGAUAAUGAGUGAUAAAAUUGAGGAAAACACCGAGAAAAGUGACGACAAGAAAGAUAUCGAGAUGGAAGAAAGGGAGAAGAUGUUAAAUGCUGAAAAUAAAGCUUUGGAAAAGGUUGAAGAGAGUGUCGAUGAUAAGAAACCGAAGACUGAAAACAAAGAAGGGAUGGAAGUGAAGCCGAAGAAGAUCCCCAUCGGGGGUAUCCAAAUGCCGGGGUUUUUCACGAGGAGUAAAUCAAAAGAAAAGUGCAAGGAUGAGGACCAAGAAGUUGAGGGAACUGAAUUAAUAGAGACUAGAGCGACGUCUGAAGAAGCCCCAAGUCAGACCCGGAUAAAGCUCCCCAAUCCUUUCAGAAAAUCAAAAGCCGGUGAAGAAGACGGCGAAAAAUCAUCAGAACAGAAGGAAAAGAAGAAACUUUUGGACACAAUCCGGCUUCCUCUCGUUUCAGUCUUCCCUCGGAAGAAGAAAGAAGAACAGAAAUUAGAAUCACAGACUGCUCAAGCCGGUUUGGCCUCGAUGGAAACCCUCGACGACAAGUCCACAGACGGAAAAAGCAACGACGAAAUGAAAAACGUCAAUCUCGAUGAGAAGAAAGACUUGGAAGCUCAAGAAGUCGCAGAAGAAGCGACUUGGAGACAAAAACUCAAAACAUACAGAGUGGCAAUUGGUGCAUUGCUCGUUUUCUUAUUACUAACGCUAAUUAUCGUAAUUGUGGCAAUCCCCGGAAAAGACAUUCCGAGAGUAGCCCCAAUUAAAGAUGGCCGGUAUGUCGAAGCAGUCACCGGUUGUGGCAAAGUCGAAGGACUGGUGGAAGACAGCGCUGUAGCUUUCCGGGGAAUCCCCUACGCGCGCCCCCCUAUUGGCAACCUCCGAUUUAAGUACGCCCAGCCCUUGAACAACAUCGAUUACUGCUGGAACGGCACAUUCCUCGCCCACAACGCGACGGAAACUUGCCUCCAAAUCUACAGCAACGGAAGCAUUUCCGGUACUGAAGACUGUCUCACUCUCGACGUGAUCACCCCCUACGUCCGGUACCACGACCCGCUUCCGGUCAUCGUUCUAAUCGGAGCGGAAAGCUUCAUCGGGGGUUCCCCUGGAAAACUCCGACCUUCGGCUCGGUACGCCCGCUCCAAAGAUGUCGUUUUCGUUCGACCGAACUUCCGACUUGGGGCUCUUGGUUUCCUGGCUUUGGAUAUUUUAUCCAACGCUGAUUACCCCCCCACAUCCGGGAAUUACGGCUUGUCGGAUAUCAUCGAGGCCUUGAAAUGGGUGCAACUCAAUAUUCGACAUUUCGGAGGUGACAACAGUUCGGUCACGCUUUUGGGGCAUCGAGCUGGGGCUACAUUAGUGACAGCUUUGGCGACACUCCCUGACGCAAAGAAAUAUUUCUCGAAGGCUUGGGCUGCCUCUGGAGGGGCUCUUUACCCGAAUAAAACGCGCCGUGAGGCUGAAAUCGACAACAGGAGUUACCUCCAAUAUGUGGAUUGCCAAGACAUCGAUUGUUUACUAAAGUUAGACGCAGAGAAAAUCGUGCGUUCGGUGCAAGACACCUGGAGGAAGCCUCCACCCGAUUUACCAACCGCUGAAGAGGACCCCAGCAAACGCCACUAUUGGCUCGUCCUCGACGGACAGAUCCUCAAAGACCACCCGGCUACCACUUGGACCCAAAACAAACUCAAACUGGUGAUCGGAACCACAGCUCAUGCUGGUGCUUCCGAAACACUUCUUCUCAAACAUAAAGAAUGGACCGAAUUCCUAGUGAGGAAACACCUCCACGAGUCUUUCCUCAACUCGAAGAACCUCACAGAGAGCGUCCUGGAGAUGUACCCCCGGACCUACAAAGGCCUGAGUGCCAUGAUUUCCGAUAUCCGAACCGUGUGCCCCCUUAUGGCCAUCGCGAGUCAAAUGCAUGAAGUCCCCUUCUACGUCGUGACCCAAACCAGAGGCGACCAAGACGUGGCCGAUGUUGAUUCCGACAUCGAUGCGAUUUUGGGGCGCUACGAGCCGAAGACCCCCGAACAGAAACGCUACUUUUCGGCAAUGCAAGGCUUGUUUUACCAUUACGUGUGGUCGGAUAGGGUGGAGCACAAAGAUGUGACAAAGAAAAUCCUACUUGUUGGACAAGAUGUCUUGCCAAAUGCUACAUAUUCGCAUUGCGCUUUUUGGAUUAAUAAGGGCGUAGUCUUGCCGUUUGCUGCUCUUGAUUAAGUUAUUUUGUUGGUAGCAGUGUCAAGGGGGAGCACUGCUACCGGACAGGGUAUUAGGCCUAAAUUUUUGAUCUCUUUUACAUCAUUGUUGAAAAUUUGCCAAAUGUAAGACACUUUUUAUACUCAUUAGGUUAGGUUUAGUAAAUGUGAAGCUUGAGAUGUACUAAAGUCCAGUAAUUACCCGAUAUUUUGUAUUUUAUUUAUAUGAACUUUUUGUAACGAUAUACACCUUGUACUUGAUUCUAUGAAUCGUUUUAUUUAUGACGAAAUGUACCAUUUUCUAUUUACUUAAUAAACAAUAUCGAACGUCA